GCGGGGCGGAGAGGGGAGCGGCGGCGGUGGCGACCGGCACCGGCCGCGCGCAGGUACGGGCCGCCGAGUUCGCGGGGCCGUGCGCGGGGCCGGGCGCCAGGCUGGGGACUCGGCCCGCCGUGUGCGUCUGCAGAGGGAGCGUCCGCGCGCUGCGCACUCGGCGCCCCGCCGCGCGGCCCCGGCUGCCGCUGUCCCCGCCCCGCCGGCCCGAGCUACCUGCGGCCGCCGUCGGGGGCGGGGGUCCCCAGCCCUGCGGAGCCGCAUGAACAAUAGGCGGCGGCGGCUCCUGCGAGCGGCGGCGGCCCCGCACCCUAUGGAUCGGCCGCUCCAUGGAGCCCUCCAGAGCGCUUCUCGGCGGCUUGGCGAGCGCCGCCGCUGCCGCUCCGCCGGGGGAGGAGGGGUCGGGGGCCGCGGCCGAAGAGGAAGAGGAGGAGGAGGAGGCGGCGGCGGUGGCCCCCGGGGAGCUGGGCUGCGAUGCGCCGCUGCCCUACUGGACAGCGGUGUUCGAGUACGAGGCGGCGGGCGAGGACGAGCUGACCCUGCGCCUGGGCGACGUGGUGGAGGUGCUGUCCAAGGACUCGCAGGUGUCCGGCGACGAGGGUUGGUGGACCGGGCAGCUGAACCAGCGGGUGGGCAUCUUCCCCAGCAACUACGUGACCCCGCGCAGCGCCUUCUCCAGCCGCUGCCAGCCAGGCGGCGAAGACCCCAGUUGCUACCCGCCCAUCCAGUUGUUAGAGAUUGACUUUGCGGAGCUAACCCUGGAAGAGAUUAUUGGCAUUGGGGGCUUUGGGAAGGUCUAUCGUGCUUUCUGGAUAGGUGAUGAAGUUGCCGUGAAAGCAGCUCGCUAUGACCCCGAUGAAGACAUCAGCCAGACCAUAGAGAAUGUUCGCCAAGAAGCCAAGCUCUUCGCUAUGCUGAAGCACCCCAACAUCAUUGCCCUUAGAGGGGUUUGUCUGAAGGAACCCAACCUCUGCUUGGUCAUGGAGUUUGCCCGCGGAGGGCCUUUGAAUAGAGUGUUAUCUGGCAAAAGAAUUCCCCCAGACAUUCUGGUGAACUGGGCUGUGCAGAUCGCCAGGGGGAUGAACUACCUACAUGAUGAGGCCAUCGUUCCCAUCAUCCACCGAGACCUUAAGUCCAGCAACAUAUUGAUCCUGCAGAAAGUGGAGAAUGGAGACCUGAGCAACAAGAUCCUGAAGAUCACUGAUUUUGGCCUGGCUCGGGAAUGGCACCGAACCACUAAGAUGAGUGCUGCAGGGACCUAUGCUUGGAUGGCACCGGAAGUCAUUCGUGCCUCCAUGUUUUCCAAAGGCAGUGAUGUGUGGAGCUACGGGGUGCUGCUUUGGGAGCUGCUGACGGGGGAGGUGCCCUUCCGAGGCAUUGAUGGCUUAGCAGUGGCUUAUGGAGUGGCCAUGAACAAACUUGCCCUUCCUAUUCCUUCUACAUGCCCAGAACCUUUUGCUAAGCUCAUGGAAGACUGCUGGAAUCCUGACCCGCAUUUACGACCAUCUUUCAUGAGUAUCUUGGAUCAGCUAACUACUAUAGAGGAGUCUGGCUUCUUUGAAAUGCCCAAGGACUCCUUCCACUGCCUGCAGGAUGAUUGGAAGCAUGAGAUUCAAGAGAUGUUUGAUCAACUCAGGGCCAAAGAAAAGGAGCUCCGCACCUGGGAGGAGGAGCUGACACGGGCUGCGCUCCAGCAGAAGAACCAGGAGGAGCUGCUGAGGCGUAGAGAGCAGGAGCUGGCCGAGAGGGAGAUUGACAUCCUAGAACGGGAGCUCAACAUCAUCAUCCACCAGCUGUGUCAGGAGAAGCCUCGGGUGAAGAAACGCAAGGGCAAGUUCCGGAAGAACCGGCUGAAGCUUAGAGAUGGCAACCGCAUCAGCCUCCCCUCUGAUUUCCAGCACAAGUUCACGGUGCAGGCUUCCCCAACCAUGGAUAAAAGAAAGAGUCUUAUCAACAGCCACUCCAGCCCUCCUGCAAGCCCCACCAUCAUUCCUCGCCUUCGAGCCAUCCAGUUGACACCAGGUGAAAGCAGCAAAACUUGGGGCCGGAACUCAGUCAUCCCAAAAGAGGAAGGGGAGGAGGAGGAGAAGAGAGUCCCAAAGAAGAAGGGCCGGACAUGGGGGCCAGGGACUCUUGGGCAGAAGGAGCUCUCCUCAGGAGAUGAAGGAUCCCCUCAGAGACGUGAGAGAGCUAAUGGUUUAAGUACCCCAUCAGAAUCUCCACAUUUUCACUUGGGCCUCAAGUCUCUGGUAGAUGGAUACAGACAGUGGUCGUCCAGUGCCCCCAACCUGGGAAAGGGCCCGAGGAAUAGUCCAGCCCUACCAGGGUUCACCAGCCUUAUGGAGAUGGAGGAUGAGGACAGCGAAGGCCUGAGGAGUGGAGAGAAUCGUCUGCAGCACUCACCCAACCAGCCCUACCUCUGUAUCCCGUUUCCUCGUGGAGAGGAUGGGGAUGGUCCCCCAGGUGAUGGAGUCCAUGAGGAGCCCACCCCAGUUAACUCAGCCACGAGUACCCCUCAGCUGACACCCACCAAUAGCCUCAAGCGCAGUGGUACCCACCAACGUCGCUGUGAGAUGGCUCUGCUUGGCUGUGGGGCUGUUCUGGCAGCCACAGGCCUUGGGUUCGACUUGCUGGAAGCUGGCAGGUGCCAGCUGGUUCCCCCAGAGGAGCCUGAGCCACCAGUCCGAGAGGAGAAGAAGAGACGUGAGGGUCUGUUUCAGAGGGCCAGCCGUCCACGUCGGAGCACCAGCCCCCCCUCCCGCAAGCUCUUCAAGAAGGAAGAGCCCACGCUCUUGCUGGGAGACCCUUCUGCCUCCCUGACGCUGCUCUCACUCUCCUCCAUUUCUGAGUGCAACUCCACCCGCUCCCUACUGCGCUCUGACAGUGAUGAGAUUGUGGUGUACGAGAUGCCGGUCAGCCCAGUUGAGGCCCCACCGCCGACUCCAUGUACUCACAACCCCUUGGUCAAUGUCCGGGUGGAGCGCUUCAAGCGAGACCCUAACCAGUCCCUGACUCCCACCCAUGUCACCCUCACUGCCCCCACACAGCCAAGUGGUCAUCGUCGGACUCCUUCUGAUGGGGCCCUUAAGCCAGCGGCUCCUGUAGCCAGCCAGAGCCCCUCCAGCAAUGGGCUGAGCCCCAGUCAUGGAGCAGGAGUGCCGAAAACCCCCAGUCCCAGUAGAGAUCCAGGUGAAUUUCCCCGUCUUCCUGACCCCAAUGUGGUCUUUCCCCCAACACCAAGGCGCUGGAACACCCAGCAGGACUCCACCUUGGAGAGGCCCAAGACUCUGGAGUUUCUGCCUCGGCCACGUCCUUCUGCCAACCGGCAGCGGCUGGAUCCUUGGUGGUUUGUGUCCCCCAGCCACGCCCGCAGCGCCUCCCCAGCCAACAGCUCCAGCACGGAAACACCUAGCAACCUGGACUCCUGCUUUGCAAGCAGCAGCAGCACUGUGGAGGAGAGGCCUGGACUCCCAGCCCUCCUCCCAUUCCAGCCAGGGCCGCUACCCGACACCGAGCGGACGCUUCUGGACCUGGAUGCAGAGGGGCAGAGUCAGGACAGCACUGUGCCUCUGUGCCGAGCUGAAAUGAACACACACAGAUCUACUCCUUAUGAGAUCCAGCAGGAGUUCUGGUCUUAGCGUGAAAAGGCUUGGCGGGGGGCGGGGCGGGCAGGCGACGGAGGGAGCUGGCUGGCACAGCCCUUUCCCAGAGUUGGGUCCCCUGAGAUCCAGCCCUACUUCUUGCACUGAUAAUGCACUUUGAAGAUGAAAGUGAUGGAAGCAGGGCCUUUCUCCCCAUGCCCACAGGAGAAGCUGUAUCAGCUCUGGCUAUGUAGGGGAGGGAGUGGUGCGUGCAUGUCCUCUACCCUCCAGAGUCUUCCUCGCCUUUUGGGUGACACUGCAGAGUCACUCAGCCAAAUUUGUCUGCUGCUGCUUCUCCUCAGCCACCUGGGUAUGCCCAGAGCUGUCCAGGGGUCCCUUUGUUAACCCUGAGUUCAACCUUCCCACAUACCAGUACUGGAUGCUCUAUGAUUGAUUCUGCUCCUUCAUGCUCACCCCCAACAUCUGUGAAUCAGAAUCUUUUUUGGUAUAAGAUAUGUCCCAGGUCCCUUUUGUGCGAGGGGAAAGAUUGAGUGCAAGAUGGCCUACUUUGGGGCCCUCUUGUUGAUGGGCUAGCUGUACCCCAGAUGCCCUGCCUAUUUAUUUACACCAUAGGUGAUAAGGGGAACUGGCCCACUGAGAACUGGGAGUUAGGAAAAAUACAGACAGGUUGCAUUGAAAAGGGUGCUGGAGUCUUUGUGUCCCUCUACGCCACUUGGAAACACUCAGUGAAGGGUAGAAACCAGCACUUAUCAAAGACCCCCAUCUACCCACUACGGUCAGCACACUGGCAUGCUAGGUUCUGAUAACACAUGCGUGUUCCUCCAGGAACAGCUUCUUGGGAAGACUCACUCACUGGUGCCAGUUCAGUGUUUGCCCCUUUUGUGGUUGGGUCCUUAUGUGUUUUCCCCUCUCUUGGUCUACCUUCCAGUCCCUGGAGUCAGUGGGCUUUAGGUCAUGUGUUCAGCUAGUGGAUGUCUCCACAGAGCAUAGGGGAGGGACUUCCCGGGCCUUGGGAGUUGGAAUUGCGGGGAUUCCUUCUAAGCCAGCCAUCCACAUUAUGAUGCCUGGGAAGUAAAAUGGUGUGCUUAGUUGUACCUUCUGUAAGUGGGCAACGUGGUAGAGUGACACUGUUUCUGAGGUGCUCCAUGAGUCACCAGCAGACAGUCGAUGUUGCGUCCUGAGUUCUGGAAGCUGACCAUGGCUGCCUGGGUCAGCACAGCCAGCGCUCGCACCAAGCUCUGCACGUGAACUGGGUAGGAUAGAUAAGAAAGACCAGUCCUGACCUGCCUGGUAUUUGUUUCCUGAACUUGAAUGUUGAACUUUGUCUAAAGCUUUCUCAUGUGUUUCUUCACCUUCUGCUAGUCUGAGGCCUCACCUGUGUGAGAACUGUGGUGUUUAUGUGGCAAUAAUAGUAUGACUGAUAGUGUAGUCCCCAGGUUGUGUUCCUUUUCCCACAAGACUUUAAAUGUUGCUUCACUGCCUUUUAUCAUGGAAUAUUCCCUGGCCAUGUUAGAGAUAAUAUGCAGGUUCCUUGUAUUGGCUGCUGAGAUACCAGGAUGGGGGGACUGCUACAGCUGGCAGAAGUGACAGGUUUGGUCACUGCGCAUUCACUGUUACUGUGGUACAAAAUCAAGGACAAAAGAGGUGACCUUGAUUUUCACAUCGUUCUUGUUUUAUGAGACCUUCUGCUCCAUCCUCUACCAGUGUUGUCCAAGAUUUUGUUACUGCAGCUCAUGUUUCUCUUGGUUUAUUAGAGUCAGUGUGUAAGAGAUAUUUGCCCCCGUAUGCCUACUUCUUGGCUAGGAGAGGAGCAGUGAAUUCUGUCUGUGGUUUUAGCUAACUCAGUGAUGACUCUCUUUCUUGAUGGGGAGUCAGAGACAAAUGGCCUCUGAUGUGCCCUUUUCUUGGGCCCUCCAAAAUCCCAAUCCCUAAACCCUUAGUUCCACUAAAUGGCUGUGAGGGAGGUUGUAGCCUAUGGUGUAAUCCAAACCACACUGGCUUGCCUGUGCACUGGCAUGAGACACGAAGUUUUCCCUUGCUUCCUUUUACUUUGUACCAUUUCGUUAGGUUGCAGCCAUUUUUUGCUUUCUUGUAGUGUAAAAGAUCUAGUAUAAUUUACAGGGCAACUACCAGCCUUUGAGUGAGAGGCUGAAUCUAGUUCUUACUAAUCCACCCAGGGGAAAGACAAGGGAGAGCUGAGUCUUGGCUGAGGAAAUAAUUGUUCCUGAAAGAAGCAAAAGCAGGAUUAUUCUACAGAUGCGUCCAUGAGCAUGUGAAAGUGUAGGAGUUACACAAUUGCUCGGUCUCUCCAGCCUGGUCUCUGAUGGCCCCCUGCAUGCCACAUUGUCUUUGGGGCACAGUGGGAGAUGGGAUGAGGAUCCUGGUGUAGCAGUCACUUGAGUGGCUUUCUCUCCGCCUAGGUGUCCUUUCUCUGUGGUCAUAGUCAGAAGCAGGCCCUGAAGCUAAGGAUAAAGCAGAAGCUGUUCUCUUUUCCCCGCGCUUCUGCUUAGGUGGUCACCACAAGGAAGAUGCUGAUAGGAACAGGUGCUGCUUUCUUCCCUGUAUCCUCGGUUCCUUCAGCUCCUGCCUCUGGUUUACUGCCUUGGGGAUCCAGGCCGCCGCUAAAAGCAGAGUAGAUUUCUCAGUUAUCCUUAUGUUAUUUCUCUUUUUUUUGUCUUUUUCCUUUUUAUCGGUACCGGGGAUCGAACUCACGACUGCCUGCUUGCAAGGCAGGCACUUAUGCCGCUGAGCUAAAUCCCCAGCCCCCACCUUAUGUUAUUUCUAAGAGGCUUUGGUGGUCAUUCUUAACUUGUCCUCCUUGGCAUCCCUAGGAUCUGAUAGUAAUAAUAAUGGUAACAACAAUGAUGUCUUACAUUUGGACAGCUCAGAAUAGGGCUGGCUUUUCCUUCUGACCUUUACAAAACGAUACCAUUUCCUUCAUUUAGCAUACUUGCCUGGUAUAGAAACGGGGGCUGCUUCGUACUGGGGAUUCAAGAGAAGAGAAAUUAAAAGACUUUGAACAGAUUGCUGUAUUGGGUUUCUAGGCUCUGAGACUGAACAAGUUGGCUCUGUUCCUCCAUUCUGCAUUUGCAGUGUGACCUUGGGCUUUUCUCUCAGUCCCUCUCAGAUUUCCUUCUUUUAAAAGCUAUCAUCACAUGUUUCCUUCACAAGGGUAAAAGGAGUCUGUGUCAGAGAAGGUCACUGAGGCACUGUGGCUCCCUGCCAGCUUGUAGAGGAAGCCUCCUCCAUCUCCACAAGAUGACUGUGUUGACAUUGGCAUGACUCUCACACCUUGGCCUCAAGGGAUCUUGCCUGUGUUUCAUCUUUUAACUUCUGGAAGAGGAAUGACUCAGACCUGGCUUAGCCUACCACAUGGGCACCAUGACCAGACAUGCACUCGUGACCAUGGUGUAGAGCACCUGGUGUGGACCAGCAUCCUCUCCAGAUUCCCUCCUUUCCCUGGCAGGCAGACCAUCAUCACCAUUUAUCUUGCUGAGGAGAAGAGGGGAGGUUGGUGGCAGCGACAGAGUGACAGUUUGCCAUCUCUGAUUUCUUGGAGUCUGUCCUAGGGUGUGAUUUGAUUAGAGCCUGGAAUCAGGCCAAUUCCUACAAGAAUCUUUGGGAAAGCUCCCCCUGGCUGUGGGACAUCAUAUGUCACAUGUGAGGAUAGAGAUCUGCACAGAGCCCCUACCCCUUGGGCCAUUGUUGCUCAGGUAUAGUAAGACACACCAGGGAUGCCUAGGCCUGAUGUUUGAUCAACACCCUGGCUCCAGUUAGUCCUCGUAUUGGAAACAUGUACUUCCACCCCACACAAGGAAACACUCCUAAGUCAUCAUCCCAGUGCCCACUCUAGGCAAGGAGUCUUCCACUUUUAAAUGAUCCUCAACCCCACUGCUGGAGCUUGAGCCCAAGGCCUUGUGUAUGUUAGUCAAGCGCUCUCUCACUGAGCUACAUUCCUAGUCUGCAAGCUCACUUUUAACAGACCGAAAAACAGUAGGUACUGUAGAGUGGCUGACUGGGAACUGUGUAUCUUGGGGUUGAAAGUCCAUGUGUCCCCCAAUACUCCCUGGGAAUGCACACCAAUGAGCAUUGUGUUUAUUUGAGUUAGGUGUGUGCGGAAGGACCUUGUCAGGCAAUUUAAAAGGACUUUUCACCUAUGGAAGAACCUGGGGGAAGAAGCAGGUCCUGCUGUUUGUGGGAAGCCUCUUUUCCUGAAGACUGGACCACUUUGUAGAUCUGGGGCAGGGGUGAAAGUGACCCUUUAUGCAUUGUGGCAAAAACUUGGUGAUCUGAGCUAUCCUCCUCCUACUUGUAAAUUUGCAAGUAUCUCUGCCCCUUUGGUCCCCAGACACCCAGAUAUGAAGUGAGAAUGAUGCUAUCUUCUAAUUAAAAUACACGAACCCUGCCAGGCAUAGUGAUACAUGCUUGUCUUAGCUAUGUGUAAGACCGAGGAUGAUCCCCAGAGCUCAGGAAAAUGCGGCCAGUCUGGAUGACAUAGUGGGACUCCAUCUCUUACAUGUCUGGUUCUGGAACCCCAGGUCCAGCACUGAUAAGCUCCACCUUGCUUGCCGUGGGAGAGGGUGUGUGUAUGUGUAAUGUAUAUCUUAUCAUAAGUCAAAAACAAUCAAAAUCCUGGCUUUUAUAUGGUUCAACCUAGUAUCUUCUGCCUCUGCCUUAGUUUCACCUGACAGUGAUUUCUUAUCAAGAUACGGUUGUUAUGGCUGGCGUGGUGGCACAUGCAUGUUAUCGUGGCACUUGGGAAGCUAAGGCAGAAGGAACACUGACUUCGAGGCCUGCCUUGGCCACAUAAUUAAAUUCAAGGCCAGCCUGAAUUGCAUAGUGAGACAUGGUGAGAGCCUGUCUCAAAAAACAAAAACAAAAAAAGGUUGUUAGGGACACAUUCCAAAAACAUCUCUUUAUUUCAAGCAGAUAGGUAUUUUUCUAGAUAAAGAAUUCAAAUGAAUAAAAUUCCAUGUAUAAAAGGGGAAAAAAUCCUGUUGUUUCUGGAGUGACUUUGGCCCUGGUCCUUGCCCUGCUUUGGCUGAAUGGGUUUCAACCAUCUCAGGUGCCAGUGUUGGAAAGCAGGAGGUGAGAGCUGAAAUCCUAGUUGAUUAAGGCUAAUUAAUAGGUGCCUCAACAGUCUGCCCAGCCCCAAGUUUCUGAUUGGCUCUGCAGCGAGUCAGUUGCUCAUAGGCUUUCUCAGACACUUUCAAAGUAUAUUCCAUUCAUCCUGGAGAGAUCACUAUCUCAUCAGGCUCCCCUCAUAUUUUCUGUUGUGGGUCUAAAAGCCUCCUGGCCUCCUUAAGCUGUCCCGGGAACCCUGGGGUUGGCUGCUUUAGCUUGAGCCGGGCCCCUCCUGAUUCUUAGUGCUUCUGGCUUCUGCAGUUGCUUAUCAGAGCCCACUUUGCACUUUGAGCUAGAAAGAGGAGACUGGGCCUGGCUGGUUGCCAGAGCUGGGAGUUUUCCAUACCCUUCUGUUUCCACAGGAAACAGACCCGCCUUCCCCUUGACCUGUUUUCCCACGGACUGGUUUGACCUGUCCUCCCCGCAGUCCCCACCACCUUGUUUUACUGGACUGAUUGGCAGGCAGGCAUUACUACAUGGGAGUCUCAGGAGGGGAUACUUGAAGGCUGCUUUUCCUACUGGGAUGGGCAGGAUUGGAAUGGCUGUAAGACUAUUCUGGCCAAUGAAGGCCCCAUGGAUAUAGUGUAACUUGCUCAGCUUUCACUGAAGUUUAAGGCAAGAUUCAGAAAUGUGUUGUCUACAUUCCUGAAAUACUUAUUUACCCAGACACCUGCUUUUACCAAGAAGGAGCCCGACGGUACUGUGUUCAUCAUGGAUAUUUUUCAUUAAUUUUGAUUUUUUAGAACUACUUUGAAAUAUGUUUUGUAUUUUGAUUAAUGAGUUUUCUAUGCUUCUUAAAUUUCACAUCCAAUAAGAGUGCCUCACUCCCUUCAUCCAGGUUUAGUGAGCUGAAUAUGGUUUAGGGGCCAUUGUCAAGUAAGAGUUUCAGGGAUUGUUUUCUAAUUCCCUUUCCCUCAAGUCCUGAGUGAGGCUGGGAGCUCUCUGGGUGUGUUUGCAUUUCUUUCUUUUGUGUGUGUGUGUGUUUUUGUAUUUUUACCGGUACCAGGGAUUGAACUCGCGACCACACACUUGCAAGGCAGGCCCUUAUGCCGCUGAGCUAAAUCCCCAGCCCCUACAUUUCAAUAAGAGUGUUUUCCUUUAACCUUGGGCCCGUGACCCUUUGAUGUUCCCUGAAGACCUUUCAGACUCUCUGGAGCCCUGAGGCCCCUUCAUUGGCGUGGGCCUGAGGUGGGGUGGGGAUGGGGACAGGAUUAGGUAUAAAGAAGAUCCUCAAACCUCUUUGGAAGUCUGAAUCCUGGGAAUGAAUAAGCAUCAUUGAUUCUCCCAGAUCUCCAAAGGGCUGCAGCAAAUGGAAGCUGUUUCGUUCCCUGGCUCUGCAGGAGCUGUGAUGCCAAGCCCUGUGCCUACACAGCCUUCAAGAUGUUGCCCAUCACACCUCCACCAGCACCAUUCUCACAAUCAUCGUCUAUUGUCUUCAUUUUACUCUUGUCACCUACCUCGGGUUCCAGGAGCCAGGCCUGCUAUGGCGCUUUCCUUCAUCAUUGUCAGGCAAUGCAGGGAUUUACCUUGACCUAGAUACAAGACUAAUGAUAUAUUAUAAGAAACCGUAAGAGUUCAUAUACUUUUUGACUCGGUAAUUUUGGCAUUGGAUAUUACCCUCAUCCAAGGUAUGGAAACAGGUUCGGAUGGCCAUACGGCACGGCUAGAGUCACACCACGGGGAAGCAAGUUGUACAUCUGGGUGGUCCCAGUAUCAUCCCUUUCCUCUAAGCACAUUUGUAGGCCACUUUUGAGGGGCCUAGAGAUGACUGUGUCCACGAGGGCCACCUCGGCUUGGAGAUCACCCUUUAUCAGAGAGGUGUCAUGUCCCACUGUCUGUCCCCAAAACUCAGCGACUUCCUCUCUUCUGCAGGCUGCUUGCUGCUCCUCCAUUACUCGCCAUGACUUCAGGGAUUCAGACCACAUUGCGCGGAAUGUGUCCACUCUGCAGCUUGUUUCCCAGCACCACUGUGGGCCUCUCUUCUAGGUCCAGCCUAGAAUUGUCCUGUGAUUGCUUCUGUUACAGCUUCAAUCCAUUUUUCUCCCAGUCUCCUGAGCUUGAAAGCCUUACUGUAGCUUGCGUCUGCUCUUUGAGAACUUGAGAUCAGGCUGAUGUCUUCUUGUCGCAUUGAGCCACAUGCCCUUAGUACUUAGCUAUAGCAAAGCAGGUGAUGAACUCUUUAAUGUUCUCUGCUUUCCCUUACUACCUACUCUGCACACUCACCCACCACACACAUCCACACUCAGACAUAACAGAGUCUAAGACUAUUUUAGAGGAUCUUAGGGAAAUCUUGGAGUUGGGUUUUACUUAGUUUGCAGAAAAGCUUUCUUUGGGAUUUUCCUUCCCCAUGGGCCUUGAAAUCUAGGUACCUAAGUGAAAGUUCACAUAGCUAUUUGUUUAUCUCUGUAAGUAGCUGCUAGCUUUUAUCCCCAGACGUUCUCUGCAUCAGUGUUUUAUGAGUAUCUGUCUUGAUCUGUUGUCCUCGAAUUCCCAUCUUGCUUAGAGAUUUAAGUUAUUGUAUCUUGGCAACAAUAUUUAAAGAUGGAGAAGUCCUGAGGGAAACUUGUCACAUUCUUUCCUUUGGCUGGCUCAUCCAUCUCUCCCCCACCCCUUUCCUUCCUCCAUUUUUGUUUCAUUUCUUUUUCUUUGUUUUUCUUUUUUUUUUUCCUCCCUUAACUCCCUUUUUCCCUCGCUCCUGGUUUUUUGUUUGUUUGUUUUUUGUUUUUUAAGGUACUGUAAAUUGUUAACUAGGGAUGCCAAGCAGGCUUGGUUCAAUGGCUAAACCUCUCAUUGUAUUACAGUGUAAUGCUGAUCUCAGCCUGGUCUCCACACCAGAGCACACAGAGACUUGAAUAAAACUGUUAUAAUGAUCA